ACACUCCAGAAGCUCCUGAUCUGCCUCAAGGAAACUCCCAUUCUUGACAGCAUGUGCUACGGAAACUACUUUGGUGGCCUGGGCUACGGCUCUGGCAUCCUGGGCUAUGGCUAUGGAGGCCUGGGCUAUGGCUAUGGUGGCCUGGGCUAUGGCUAUGGUGGCCUGGGUUAUGGUUAUGGCUGUGGCUGUGGCUCUCGAUAUGCAUACAGCACCUAUCGUCCAUGCUGCUAUGGAAGAUUUUCCAGUUUCUAUUAAGAAUUUAGGCUAGCUGGCUCAUUUUGGGUCAUUUUCUAAUAAAACCCCAGGGCACUAACAUGUAGGAAAAUUUAUAAUUUUACUUUUCAAUAAAGCCUAAAUUUCUUUAACAUUAUUUACUCUUU